AUGAUCGACACCGGGAGCUCCGUCGAUCUCUUGUUCUACGAUGCUUUUAGGCGGAUGGGUUAUCCUGAUUCCGAGCUAAAAGGGGCCAAAACCCCGCUCACCGGGUUCGCCGGCGACACGACCUUAGCUAAGGGCACCAUUUCCCUCAUAGUGGAAGCCCGUGGGGUACGACGUCUCGUCGACUUCGUGGUCGUCGAUCGUCCCGCCCCCUUCAACGCUAUCCUCGGCAGACCUUGGUUGUAUGGGAUGAAGGCGGUCCCGUCAACGUACCACCAAUGUGUGAAGUUCCCGUCACGGGGCGGAAUUGCCACCAUCUACGGUAGCCAACGAACCUCAAGACAGUGUUACAGAAGCGGCUACGAUCUGAUCAAAAAAUCCGACCAAUAG